AUCAGCUUGCACGGCUGGACCGUCACCUCGACCAAGCGCCCAAUCCUCUCGAUCCCGGAAUCAGACGCCGCAUCGGCCCAGCUCGACCUCGCCCUCCCCGAGAUCUGCUUUGGCAACAACUCGCUCGCGCUCCACCAUGAGCCCUCGGGCUUCACCCUCGAGUGGAACACGCUCGACAUGCUCGCCGCCGUCAAAAAGGGCGACGGCUGGGACGCGCAACCGGGUGCAGGCGCCGUCCGCGUCGCUCAUGCCGACGAGUGGUCCAGAGGACAAGCCGCAUCCGGUUCGACCAACGACCUGACCGUCCAGAAACCUUUCGACUGGACAUACACGACCCUCCAUCGCGGCAGCAUCACUUCCCCGCCUUCGCGGUCCUCCACCACCUCCUCAUCCGCGCUCCAGCCCGUGUGGCUGCCGGCCCCGCCGUCGCACCCGGGCAUCCCGCUCGCGCUCCUCGCGCGUACCGACAUUCCGAUCCUGUUCUUCGACGAGGUCCCCCUGUUCGAGGACGAGCUCGGCGACAACGGCAUCGCCGACGUGACGGUCCGGGUCCGCGUCAACCACCAGUCGCUCUUUGUCCUCUCGCGCUUCGCCCUCCGCAUCGACGGCGUCCUCUUCCGCCAAUUCGACGUGCGCCUCUACCACGCGUUCGGAUCGGACGAGCUCGUGCGCGAGGUCAAGGGCCGCGAGGCGCCGUACAGCGCCGUCAGGGCGCGCCUCACGGGCUCGGGCUCGGCGGGACUUGGGCAG